UGGCUCGCGCGCCGCGGCUCGGCCCCCGUCCGUGACGUCGUAUAUUCGAGCCUGUGACGUCAUCGCUGUGCGCCGCGGGAAGAGCGCGCGGGACGGCGCCGCCAUGAGCAGUGACCUGGACGUGUUCGUGGGGAACACGACGCUGAUCGAUGAGGAGGUGUACCGGCUGUGGCUGGACGGACACUCAGUGGCCGAGGCCGUGUCCCUGGUGUCCCCAGUGUCCCCAUUGUCCCCAGUGGCCGAGGCGGUGGCCCGUCGCCUGCGGGGCGGGGUCCUCGAGCGCGAGGGGACGUCGGUGGCCGUGCUGCAGAGCGACACCCGCGACCACUACAGAACGUUCCAGAUGCUGGAGCGGCUCCUGCACGCCCCCCCCCGGCUGCUGCAGCAGCUGCUGUUCCAGAUCCCCCCCGAGAGACAGGCCCUGCUCGUGCAGAGGUACUACGCUUUCGACGAGGCGCUGGCCCGGGAGCUGCUGGGCAAGAAACUCUCCAAGGGCACCAAGAAGGAGCUGGACGAGGUCAGCGCCCGCACCGGGGUGGGGAUCCGCAGCUGCCGCCGCCAGUUUGACAACUUCAAGAGGGUUUUCAAGGCGGUGGAGGAGCUGCGGGGGCCCCUGGCUGAGAACAUCCAGCAGCUCUUCCUGCUGCCCCCGGCCCUGGCACGGGACUAUGCCGCCAUCGUGUUCUUCGCCAACAGCCGCUUCGAGACGGGCAAGAGGCGCCUGCAGUUCCUGAGCUUCGGGGACUUCGCAGCCUGCGCGCAGAGCAUGAUGGCCCACUGGAGCCAGGGGGCCCUGGCCCCUGAAGCAGCUGAUCCCGAUGGGGACCUGCCCAAGUCGUUCCUGCAGGACCUGAAGGAGCUGAAGGUGCUGGUGAGCGACAAGGACCUGCUGGACCAGCACAAGAGCCUGGUGUGCUCGGCCCUGCGGGGGAAGAUCUCGGUCUACAACGAGCUCGAGGCCAAUUUCAAGGCUCUGUCACGGGCGCUGGUGAACGUGGGGGGGAAGCUGACGCACGCCCGCGACGUGCGGGACUUCUUCGUGGACCUGGUGGAGAAGGUGAUCGAGCCGUGCCGCUCCGACAAGUGGAGCCCGGGGGACCUGAGGCUCUUCCUGACGCACUACACGGCAGCACCCCGAAACCUGCCGGGCUUCAGGCACCAAGCGCUGUGGGAGCGCUACAUGGCCGCCAUCAGCGCCUGCCUGCUGCGCAUGUACCACGACUGACCCCAAACUGCACCCCAAAACUGCACCCCAGAAAUGGACACUGCCCUGGAACUGUGCCCCAAAAACGGCACCACAAAAACGGGGCACGGCCCCCAAACCGCACCCCAAAAAGGGCACCAAAAAGGGACACUGCACUGGAACUGUACCCCAAAACCGCACCCCAAAACCAGCGCCCCAAACACGGCCAUCAGCCCCUGCCUGCUGCGCUUGUACCGCGCCUGACCCCAAAAACGGCACCCCAAAAAUGGGGACAGCCUCAAGGACUGCACCCCAAACUGCACCCCUGAAAUGGACACGGCCCCAAAAACGGCGCCCCUGGGGAAUGAAAGGAUCCAGAACCUGCAGUGACCCCGAAAUGGGGGUACCCCAAAAGCUGGAGGUACCUCAAAGCUUGGGCAGCCUUCAAAUACGGGACCCCAAAAAGGACAGGAAACGCGAAAACCCAAAGAGCCGAGGAUGGAGCAUCAGCACCCCAAAAUUUGGGUGUUUGGGGAACCCGCAGGAAGGGACCCCGAGCACCAGGACACCCCAAAACCCGGACACCCCAAACCUGGGACACCCCAAACGUGGGACACCCCAAAACCCAGACACCCCAAACCUGGGACACCCCAAACCCGGACACCCCAAACCUGGGACACCCCAAACCUGGGACACCCCAAACCCGGACACCCCAAAACCCAGACACCCCAAACCUGGGACACCCAAAACCCAGACACCCCAAAACCCAGACACCCCAAACCUGGGACACCCCAAACCCGGACACCCCAAACCUGGGACACCCCAAACCUGGGACACCCCAAACCCGGACACCCCAAACCUGGGACACCCCAAACCUGGGACACUCCAAAACCCGGACACCCCAAAACCCAGACACCCCAAACCUGGGACACCCCAAAUCCCAGACACCCCAAACCUGGGACACUCCAAAACCCAGACACCCCAAAACCCAGACACCCCAAACCUGGGAUGCCCCAAAUCCCGGACGCCCCAAACCUGGGACACCCCAAAUCCCAGACACCCCAAACCCGGACACCCCAAACCUGGGACACCCCAAAUCCCGAGGAGCAGCAGCGGCAGCGCCCCAAAAAUUGGACAUGGGAACGGGGAGACACCAAAAAAGGGGGGACCCCCAAAACCGGGACCCCCCAAACCAGGGGUGCCCCUCCCGUGUGACCCCAAAAAUUGGAGGGGGGGGGCAAUAAAGAGCCAGAAUCGAG